AGUGACAGCUGCAGCCCGAACCGCGCCGAUGACAACCACGGUGGCGCCGGCGUCGAGCAGCCGCCCGGUUGGACUCUCCAAAGGUCCGGACGCGCCGAGGCUCCACAAGCUACUGGCCGUGCCCGGGUGCAAAGCAAACAUGCUCAACGAUCUGCUCCUCCUCCGGCCUGGAGACGGACACGAGGCGCAGGCAGAUAAGAGCAGCAUUAGCAGGCAUGUGGUGUUUUUCCACGGGGAUAUUCAGAACUUCCAGGAGGAGAUGUCCUCGCAGCCGGAGUGCGCCCAGUGGCUGGCGUGGAGCCUGGAGCAGGUGGGCGUCGCGCUGGGCCGCCGCUUUUCCGGCCACCACGUGUGGGUGGUGCGCGCCUCCCGCAUGCACCUGCACAAGUUCAGCAGCUACCGCAACUUUGUGGAGAGCAACAUGUUCGGCGCCCCGCAACACGGCCCGUACUCGCCCGACGGCGGAGCGCUGCGCCAACUCAGGUCUCUGCUGGUCCACGGGAUGGAGCGAGCCGGCCUGCCAAACACCAUCCGGCCUCCGGGCGGCGCCAGCGGCAAAUUCUCCCUGACCCUGGUGGGCUUCAGCAAAGGCUGCGUGGUCCUCAACCAGGUGGUCCACGAGCUGGCCGGCGCCCUGGCGGACCCGGGUCUCUCGGACUUUACCCGGAGCCUUUCGGACAUGUUCUGGCUGGACGGCGGCCACCCGGGGGGAAGCGAGACCUGGGUGACGGACAGGAGGCUGCUGGGCCAGCUGGCCGCCAGCGGCAUCGGGCUCCACGCCCACGUGACGCCCUACGAGGUCCGGGACCCCGCGCGGGCCUGGGUGGGCCGGGAGCACGCGGCUUUCGUGAAGACCCUGGAAGAGUUUGGGGCACGUCUGUGCCAUAAAAUCCAUUUUGCGGACGAGCCGCCGGCCAUUGAAAAGCAUUUUGGGGUCAUUCGGGAAUUCUGAGCCCCCCUUUAAGAGCUUUUCACAAGCAACAGAGAAUCGAACUUGCAGUCACGGUCAACCUAGGCCGGCUGUCGUCGCUAGUGAAUGGAGCAAAGCCAAUCAUUCCAUUUGAAUGCCCUAUUCCAAUGUGUCUCAAUGACCCGUCAGCAUUGAAAUGAUGUCAAGAAAUGAAAAUCUGCAUAAAACCUCUGUUUGUAUUCA